AUGGAAGCAGGAUCAGGGACACAGAGACACGCAGGUGAUGCGAACAUACCACAUCCAGAACAGAGAGGACUACCACAAGUACAACAAGAUAUGCGGAAACAUCAGAAAAAUCGCACACAAGCUCGCCCUUCUGCAGCCCAACGACCCGUUCAGAAUCAAGCACGAACAGCUGCUUCUCGACAAGCUGUACGCAAUGGGCGUUCUGGCGACGAAGAGCAAGAUAUCGGACCUGGAAAACAAGGUGACCGUCAGCUCGUUCUGCAGAAGGCGGAUCGGAGUAGUGAUGUGCCGGUUCAAGAUGGCCCAGACGAUCUCGGACGCAGUCAAGUUUGUGGAGCAGGGCCAUGUGCGAGUUGGGCCCGACGUGAUCACCGACCCGGCGUUUCUGGUCACGAGAAACAUGGAGGACUACUUGCAGUGGACGGACAGCUCCAAGAUCAAGCACAACGUGCUCAAGUACAAGAACAAGAUCGAUGA